AUGUCUGAUCCAGCUUGUAUCUUCAACAAUGACUGCUAUGACUAUAGCUUCAACUAUUCCACUUCUCUCUCACACAUCUACAACUCUAAUGGCAGCUUCUAUUACCCUCGCAAUACCACAGUCAUAGACCCUAAUUCUAAUUUACCUGAGUCUCCUCCACUUAGAGAAGCUCUUCCUCUCCUUAGCUUAAGCCCCAUCCAUAAGCAGCAAGAAGAUAAUGUUCCUCAGCAUGAAUACUAUUUCAUGGAGACGACCGAAAACUCUUCUAAUUCAAACUUUCUUGUUCAUGAUCUUGAUCAAUGCCAAGAAAGUACUCAUCAUCAUGAUGUGACCGUGGAUCUUCAUCUAGGGUUGUCAAACCCCGGUGGCGACGCUAUUGGUUACGGGGGUGGUGGGAGCAGCAGCAGCGAUGUCAUCCUUGAUUCUACCGAGCAAGAGCAUCAUCAUGAGCAUCAUCAAGAUCGUCAUCAAUAUCAUGGAGUAGAAGUUGCUUCUGAUCAUCAUGAUGGUGUACAAAGGGGCAGUCAUAAUCACUAUUGGAUCCCUACUCCUUCUCAGAUUCUCAUGGGUCCAACACAGUUCUCCUGUCCUCUCUGCUACAAGACCUUCAACAGAUACAACAACAUGCAGAUGCACAUGUGGGGACAUGGCUCAGAAUACAGAAAAGGACCGGAGUCACUAAGAGGGACACAACCAACGGGGAUGCUGAAGCUGCCUUGCUACUGCUGCGCACCGGGCUGCAAGAACAACAUUGAGCACCCGAGGGCAAGGCCGCUCAAGGACUUCCGUACGCUUCAGACACACUACAAGCGGAAGCACGGUGCGAGGCCCUUUGCUUGUCGUAGAUGUGGAAAGGCUUUUGCAGUCAAAGGAGACUGGAGGACGCACGAGAAGAACUGUGGGAGGCUUUGGUAUUGUUCAUGUGGCUCGGAUUUCAAGCACAAGAGGUCGCUUAAGGACCACGUCAAGGCCUUUGGUAAUGGUCAUGUCCCUUGUUUUGGCACUGAUUGCUUCGGCGAUCAUGAGGAUGAGGAGGCUGCUUCUGAUGUCGAACAGCAAGAAUGA